GAAUGAAAAGAAAGACGGACAGAAACAGAAAAUGUCUGAUAAGCAUCACAUGUGUCUGCUGGGACUGAUCACUCUCUCUGCACUUCUCACAGGUACCAGUGGAGCAGAAGUGACUCAUGUGUUCUGCAGUUCUGGUGAAAAUGUCCGUCUGUCCUGUAAUAAUGCUCUUCCUGGCUGCACAUCAACUACAUGGAUCUAUACCAGACAUUCAGAGGCAGUUGAACUGAUUGCUGGAGGAAUAAAGAAGAAAGACACAGAGAUACAUGAGAGACUGAGUCUGGGCUCUGACUGCUCUCUGAACAUCAAGAACGUCACAAAAGAAGAUCGUGGAUCUUACUCCUGCCGACAAUAUGUGAAUGGACCACAACAAGGAACUGAUGCACGUGUUUAUCUGCAUGUUCUUCAUGUCUCUUCAUCAUCCUCACAGUCUGAGAUCAGAUCAGGCCGCUCUGUGACUCUCUCCUGUCAGUUAUAUUAUGAUCGAGUCUCUUGUGAUACUUUGGUUGGUUCUGAGAGGAUUGAUCUGAUCUGGGUGAAUCAGGCUGGUGUGAAUCUGCAGACAGACUCCAGAUUUCAGAUAUUCUCCUCAGAACAGUGUCUCAGCUCUCUGACUACAACACUCCUGAAUGAAGAUCACAACAGAGAGUGGAGAUGUCAGGUUACACAGAGAAACCAGCUGAAGACCUCAGCCACAUAUACUGUCAAGUAUUCAGCUCCGACCGAAACAAAGACACCGUCUCCAGUCACCAGCUCUACAUCAGCUGCAGCUCCUACACAACCAGGUGUAAAGGAUUCAACACUGAUUCCAGUCAGCAGCUCAGACUCUGAGAAAUCAAGCCAAACUACAGCAGCUCCUACAACACGAGAUAUAAAGAUUACAACAUCCCAUGAGACAACUUCAGCUGCACAGCAAAUUACACAGAUUACCCCAAACCCUUCAACUACGACACAGCGAGUCUCUCCCUCAGUGAUUGGGAUUGUUGUUGCUGCUGUGUUGGCUGUUCUGGUUACUGCUGUUAUUCUUUGGGUGGUUCGUAAAAAAAGAGCUGAUAACAGAAAAGUGACUAAUGACUCUGUGGAGCAGAAAUAUGAAGUGACUUAUACUGAGGUUGCCACACGCUGUAAAAUCCAAAAGCCAAAAAGAAUGAGGUUCAUGAUGAGGAUAAAGUGACUUAUUCUUCUAUCAGAUGAGCAACAGCUGGACCUCAGGAUGACUUUGUGAACAAGAACCAUCACAAAUAAGUUAAACAGUCAUUAAUUAAACAAAGACCUCCUAAUAUCAAUCGCAGAGGAAUAUUAACCUUAUAUAACUGACUCCUAAGGGUUUCAGUCAGUCCUAUUGUAAAUGCCGUCUCUCACAUUUUUGCAAACAAUCCCAAGUGGUGAUCUGAGUGUAAUAUUUUGGCCAAUUUGGGAUGUUUAUGUCAAAGUAGCUGUUUGCUUGUUGAAUUAAUGUCAGUACCUUUAUUAUUAAUUCUGGAUUUAAUCAUUAACCUCUGCUUGUACAAAGAAAAUGACAGUUUCUCUCUUAAAUCAUUCUCAUUAAAUCAUCUAUUUUCUUGAGUGAUUACUGCAGACUAAUUAGCUGUCAGCUUGCACUAAUUAUGAAAACAGAAAGAGUUAUGUGAUGAUUUAAAUGUUUAUCACAAUAAGACAAGAAUGAUAAUUUGGUGUUUGAACCACUGAGCAGCUGCUUUCAGUAACAUGUGUAAGAUCAGAUUUUAUUUGUCAGUAAUAAAUGUAAAACAUGAAGCAGCCUGUAUCAAACAUAUAUUUACAGUGAAAUAUUCUUGUGUAGAUUUGGUAGACAUCAUACAGAAACCUCUUGAUUGUGUGUUCAAACCACAGUGGAUGCAGUGGAGUUUGUGCAAAACUAUCUCUGUUAGUGUCAGAUUGUGCCUGCGAGGGACUUGUCAGUGGUUUUUCACUGUAAAUACUGUUGCAACGUAACUGUUUUACAUCCUCUUUUAAACUAUUUCUGUGCUUGAGGCAUUUGUGAGUAAUGCAGAAAUGUCUAGAAAUGCUUAAUUUAACAACUGUAAGAGCUGAGAGUUAGUUUUGAAGAAACAGAAGAGAUGAUGUGUAGUGAAUCAUUUUAUGACUGAAUGAUUCUGGUACUUUAACGGUUCUGUUGAAUAUUGUUUAAGGACUUCAUGGAAGAAAUAUUUGGAAAAUAAAUGCUAAUGCUAACUA